UCCGUGAACGCCCAGCCGGAGGAGUCAAGAGCGGCAGGAUGGCGGAGAAGGGCAUGGAUCCCGCCUGUGUCUCCAUCGCCCUGGAGGACACGGUGUGCCACGCCGGCCCUCCGGAUGCUCCGCUGCUCACCACCCACUUGAAGAAGGUGGAGAACCACAUCACAGAGGCCCAGAGGUUUUCCCACCUCCCGAAGCGCUCGGCUGUCAACAUCGAGUUCAUCGACCUGUCCUACUCCGUGCGGGAGGGAUCCUGGUGGAGGAAGAGAGGGUACAAGACUCUCCUCAAAUGCCUGUCAGGGAAGUUCUGCCAGCGGGAGCUCAUUGGGAUCAUGGGCCCCUCGGGAGCUGGGAAAUCCACACUAAUGAACAUCCUGGCUGGCUACAGGGAGACUGGGAUGAAGGGGCAGAUCCUGGUGAACGGGCGGCCGCGGGACCUGCGCACCUUCCGCAAGAUGUCCUGCUACAUCAUGCAGGAUGACAUGCUCCUGCCACACCUCACCGUGCUCGAGGCCAUGAUGGUCUCUGCUAACCUGAAGCUGAGCGAGAAGCAGGAGGUGAAGAAGGAGCUGGUGAAUGAGAUCCUGACGGCCCUGGGGCUGCUGGAGUGCUCGUACACCCGCACCAGCUCCCUGUCGGGGGGCCAGCGCAAGCGCCUGGCCAUCGCCCUGGAGCUGGUCAACAAUCCACCCGUCAUGUUCUUCGAUGAGCCCACCAGCGGCCUGGACAGUGCCUCCUGCUUCCAGGUGGUGUCCCUGAUGCGGUCCCUGGCUCAGGGCGGGCGCACCAUCAUCUGCACCAUCCACCAGCCCAGCGCCAAGCUCUUCGAGAUGUUCGACAAGCUCUACAUCCUCAGCCAGGGCCAGUGCAUCUUCAAGGGCGUCGUGACCAACCUCAUCCCCUACCUGAAGGGCCUUGGCCUCCACUGCCCCACAUACCACAACCCUGCUGACUUCAUCAUCGAGGUGGCCUCAGGAGAGUACGGGGACCUCAACCCCGUCCUGUUCCGCGCCGUCCAGAACGGGAUGUGCACCAUGGCUGAGAAGAAGAGCAGCCCUGACAAGGCAGAUUCAUCGUGCCCAACAUGUGGGACGGAUGUGGAUCACAUCGAGAGCCACACAUUUGCCACCAGCACCUCAACUCAGUUCUGCAUCCUCUUCAAGAGAACCUUCAUCUGCAUCCUAAGGGACACGGUGCUGACCCACCUGCGGUUCAUGUCCCACAUCUGCAUCGGGGUGCUCAUCGGGCUGCUCUACCUGCACAUCGGCAACGACGCGGGCAAGGUCUUCAACAACACCGGCUUCCUCUUCUUCUCCAUGCUCUUCCUCAUGUUCGCUGCCCUCAUGCCCACCAUCCUCACCUUCCCCCAGGAGAUGACCGUAUUCCUGAGGGAGCACUUGAACUACUGGUACAGCCUCAAAGCCUAUUACCUGGCAAAGACCAUGGCUGAUGUGCCCUUUCAGGUGAUCUGCCCCAUCGCCUACUGCAGCAUCGUGUACUGGAUGACGGGCCAGCCCCCCGAGGCCACGCGCUUCCUGCUCUUCUCCGCCCUGGCCACCGCCACGGCCCUGGUGGCCCAGUCCCUGGGGCUUCUCAUCGGAGCUGCUUCCACUUCCCUGCAGGUGGCCACCUUUGUGGGACCCGUCACUGCCAUCCCCGUGCUGCUCUUCUCGGGCUUCUUCGUCAGCUUCAAGACCAUCCCCACCUACCUGCAGUGGAGCUCCUACGUCUCCUAUGUCAGGUAUGGCUUCGAGGGGGUCAUCCUCACCAUCUACGCCAUGGAGCGCGAGGACCUGGAGUGCCUCGAGGACUUCUGCCCUUUCCAAAAACCCAUCAAGAUCCUGCAGGAGCUGGAUGUGGAGGAGGCCAAGCUCUACCUGGACUUCCUCAUCCUGGGCAUCUUCUUCGUCAUCUUGCGGCUCCUGGCUUACCUGGUCCUCAGGUACAAGGUGAAAUCUGAGAGAUAAAGGGGCCCCGGUGCCGUUCCCGGGCCUGGCCUGCUGUGAGAGAUGUUCUGCAGAUGGACACGGUGCUCCUGCAGGUCCCGGACCGUGGCGGAGGCACUGGGAGGUGCCAGCCAGGCCUGGCUCAGUCGAGAAGGGUUUUGAGACAUCUCGGAACUGUUUUAACCUUCCCACACACUCUUCAUUGCAAAACGUUUUGUACAGCCCUGGCAUGUGCCACCUUUCCCCCCCAGGACAGAUGAGCCCCACGGAGCUUGGGUCCCCUCUCGUUGUCCCUGCCUGGCGCUGCCCUGGGGACACCAGGGACAGUCCUGCCGAGGUGGUUUGUGUCGAGCACGCCUGGCAGGAGCCUGCUCCGUGCAGGGGGAGCAGCGGGCUGGAGCUGGGCUGGGAAGAGGGAGCUGCAGAGUUGGAAGUGCAGCUCGUGACCCCGUUCCUCAUCCUGGCCAGCAGCGUGUGAGUCGGGGCUGAGAAGAGCCCAAAGAUGCCAUAGGUGAAGUUGCACAAGGCUUUAGUGUUUCCUGCCGCCGUAGCCACAGAGAUUGCUGCACCCCCUCUCCUUUCUGUGCAAAUCCUCCUCCUUUUUUCCCUUUUUUCUUUUUCUUUUUUUGAGUUUAGUUUUGGUUUUUUCCCCCACAAACCCCACUGUAUCCCAUUCUUCACGGAGGGGAAAGGGAGCCUGCGGGAAGAGAAGGACUUGGGGCUCUGUCUCAGACUUCUGCUGGGACACCAUCCUCAGAGACAGGACCUUCACACCAGAGUCUGUGGGAGCAGGACAGUGUUCUCAGACCCUAGGGAGUGUCACAUUCAGUCCCUGUUGUCUCUGGGGUCUGAGACAAGAGGGUCUGAACCAAGUCAACCAACAUGGAGAGAAGUGACUGGACCCUUGCAUGGAGCAAGGAGGAUUUAGGUUCCCACACCCUGCCAGCGCCAGGAGGCUGAAAAACAGGGCUGGGCUCAGCUGUGUCAUCACUGGAGCCUCUGCUGCAGGAGGAGAGCUGGCCCUGAGCCCUUCCCCUGCA